AGAAAGCUGAACUUGUCUGGGGCCAACCCCUAGGAGACUUUCUGUGGAACCAGUAGGGGCCAGAAUUUGGCUGGGUGCCACAUGUCCCCUUUGAAGGGAAGACCAGCCCAGUCUUUAAAGAGAUGAGGACCAAGGUCCAAAGCAAAGCCCCCAACUCCAGCUUAGGGGAUGUAGCCCCAGCUACCUGACCAGGGAGGCUGUAACUGUCCCCCCACCCCCAAAAUCCAGCCCAAACCAGCAAGGGCCUAGCCGUGCAAUUGGUCACGGGAACCUGGUACCAGGAAUUGAGACAGAGGAGAUGGGAAGGAAGGAAGGGAAAGUGGGUGGAGCAGGGUGGGGGUGGGGGCUAAUUUAUAUCUAUGCCCAGGGCUGGGUGCCCGCACAUGCGGCAUGCACUACCAUGGACAACUCAGGGUACAGCAAGUGGAGCAGUGAGCCUGAAGAACUCCCCAGAGGGUGCUGGAGAUGCUGGGGGUGGAAGUCCCUCUUGGUGGCCCCGGCACUAGUGGUCACGGUAGUCCUGUGGGCCCUUGUUCUGAGCAUCUUAUUGUCCAAAGCCUCCACAGAGCGUGAAGCAUUACACGACCACCAGGACCAGCUGUGGACAAAUGCCUCAAAGCAGAAGGCAGCACUGGGUGUCCUGGAGGAGGAGGUCGCAGUCUGCAGGACCUGUUGCUCUGAGGCACAGGACCAGCUGCAGACCACGCGGGGCGAACUCGGGGAGGCACAGAAGAAGCUAAUGGAGCAGGGGAGCGCUCUGAAUGAUCUGCGGGAGCGCAUGACAAAGGACUUAGCCCAGGCGGGCAGGGACCGUGAGGACAUCCGCAGUGAGCUGCUCCGGGCGCUGGAGGCCGCCAAGCUUGGGAACAACUCCUGCGAGCCGUGCCCCACGUCGUGGAUACCCUUCGAGGGCUCCUGCUACUUUUUCUCAUCGCAGCGAGACACGUGGCAAGAGGCGCAGAAGAGCUGCGCAGACCGCGGCGCGCACUUGGUGAUCGUGGGCGGCCUAGAGGAGCAGACCUUCCUGAGUCGGAACACGCGUGGGCUAGGCUACUGGCUGGGCCUGAAGGCAUUGCGACGCGAGGGCAGGAUCAAGGGCUACCAGUGGGUGGACGGCGUCCAGAUCACCUUCAGCCACUGGAACCAGGGGGAGCCUAAUGAUUCGCGGGGGAGAGAAGACUGCGUCAUGAUGCUGCGCACAGGGCUGUGGAACGAUGCACCAUGUGACAGCUUGAGGGAUAACUGGAUCUGUGAGAAAAGGCGCAGUUGCUGACUCCGCCCUGUGCCCUGGAGCCACGCCCACCGCCAUCAAUUUCACCACCCACCCACCACUGCUCAGACUUGCUCCCCCACCCCAACCCAGCCUGGUCCUCUACCUGCGCUCUGGGUCCUCGAUCCAACCUCACUGCACCACCUCACAGGCGGGUCUGACUGUGUUUCCACUGGCUCCCAAAUCCAGUUCCUAGCGCCUCCGCCCCGCCCCCCGCCCCAUUCAGGACCUGGGUGAUCUGACCACACCUCCCUCCCUAGCCUGGUUCAGGGGACUCAAGGAUGGAGCUGUUUGUUUUCCCUGCAUCUUCCCCUGACUGGGUGGCCUCAGUGACAAGAGUCUUGUGAGCUGUCUUCACAGCCGGAGGCGCAUCAAUAAAUAUUUGAGAAAUGAAUCUUGGCUCCUGGCUCGGCAGAGCUGUUGUAAGCUUUAUAUCCCAGUGACCCUGUUAUGAUCCCUGCGAGUGACCCCCUGGCCUCUCUAAGUGGCCUCACCUCCCUAUGAUGCCCUGAAACCCAGUGGGUGGUUCCAACGGUGAAUUUGCUCCUCUGGUAAUUGCCAGGUUGGUAGUUCAAAUCCCCACCAGACCUGAAUUGGAAGAAAAGCCUGGCGAUCUACUUCUGGAAAAUCAACCAUUGAAGACACUAUAGAGCACAGUUCUAUUGGACAUACACAGGGGCACCAUGAGUCUGGGUUGACUCGAGGACAACUGGUGCUGGUAGCCUGCCCAUGCCAAGAGGGCUGUAAAAGAGGCAGUUUCUUAUCAGCACCACUACUUCUUCAGCCCCUGGCAAGGGGUUUGGGUCACAUGAUGAUGGGGACACAGAGGUGGGUCAG